AUGGCUCACCACAACGUUUCAUCCUGCAGUCCUAUACUGACACCCCAUUUAACCAGGCUCUACUUCCUCGUACUCAUUGGAGGGCUGGCGGGCAUCAUCUCCAUUCUGUUCCUGCUGGUGAAUAUGAACACCCGAUCUGUAACUACCACAGCAGUUGUUAACCUGGUGGUGGUCCACAGCGUUUUUCUGCUGACAGUGCCUUUUCGCUUGACAUAUCUCAUCAAGCAAACUUGGAUAUUUGGGUUGCCCUUCUGCAAAUUUGUGAGUGCCAUGCUACACAUCCAUAUGUACCUCACAUUCCUGUUCUAUGUGGUGAUUUUGGUCAUUCGGUACCUUAUCUUCUUCAAGCACAAGGACAAAGUGGAAUUCUACAGAAAGCUGCACGCUGUGGCUGCCAGUACCGGCAUGUGGCUGCUGGUGAUUGUCAUCGUGGUACCUGUGUUUGCGUCUCAGUAUGGAACUCACCAGGAGUACGAUGAGCAGCACUGUUUUAAAUUCCACAAAGAGCUUGAUCGUGUAUAUGUGCGAGUCAUCAACUAUAUGAUAGUUACUGCUGUCAUAGCCACUGCGGUGGUUCUCCUCAUCUUCCAGAUCUUUAUCAUCAUGUCAAUGGUGCGGAAGCUACGCCCCUCCUUACUAUCCCACCAGGAGUUCUGGGCCCAGCUGAAAAACCUAUUUUUUAUAGGAGUCAUCUUUGUUUGCUUCCUUCCCUACCACUUCUUUAGGAUCUAUUACUUGUACACGGUGGCACACUCACGUGACUGUAACGACACUGCUGCAUUUUAUAAUGAAAUCUUCUUGAGUGUAACAGCAAUUAGCUGCUUUGAUUUGUUGCUCUUUGUUCUUGGAGGAAGCCACUGUAAGCAAAAGAUAAUUGACCUAUGGAAUUGCCUCUUGUGCCAUUAGCCACAAACUUCAGUAUUCAGAACUCUUUUAUACUGGGAGUAGAAAUGGGCAUAGAGAGGUAGGAAGGGUUAUUUCAUUACUUGAUUAAAGUCAUGCCAUAAUGCGGCCAAUCAAAAGGACUAUAAAAUGUUAGAGCGUUCAUUCCAGUCCUUAUUUAAUCCCUACCACCUCUAAAUGAUGCAUAUAGAAAAACUAG